UCAAAAUAACUUUAAUAACAUAUUAAAGUUAUUUAAUAUGGUGGAUGAACAAAGUGAAAAUGUUGUGUACGUCGAAUUGGCACCUAAUAUUCUAGUUCCUCAAGAAUGGCCUAUAUGCAGGAUAGAAACAUUUCUUUUGAAAGUAAUUGAAAAAUUAAUAAAUCAUUGCCAGCAUACGAACCCCAUUCUUCAAGUGACAAAUAUACCAGCCCGGUUGGUCAGACGUGAAGCCAUAAAUGGGAUGUGUUAUAUUUUUAAAAAAGUGUCCAAUGAACAAACAAUUGGUGUUUAUAUUUACGAAAUAGUGAUCCCUGAGAAUGGAAGUAACAACACGGCAAAAAUAAUCAGCGGAAGUAGUUAUCACGAAGUACUGGAGCUAGGCUACAGAGGGCCGUGUAUCCAAUCUAAGAAAAUGGCCUGCUACCUACGGCCUCCAUUACUUAAGAUGACCUUACAAGAACACAAAUACAGAUUUUAUGACGAUAAACUAAGCCAAUGAAGCUCGUGUAGCUGCGAGAUCAGAUGACGUAAGUUGGCGUAUAGAUUAGUAUAAAUAUUUGAUACCUUGACUUUCAAAUGUUCUUUUAGACCAUAAUAGAGUUUUUCAGGUCUCUGGAAAACAAUACUCAAGGCUAUUUAGAAGCCAUCAUAAGCCUAAAUAUACAUGAACCAACAACCCAAAAAAUUGGAAAAUGAUUCGGAUCUUCCAUUUCUGUUUAACCUAUUUUGUUAAUUGGUCUUUAUCGGUUGACUUUUUGUUGUGUUUUGUUUCAGAGAGACUUUGGCUCAUAACAUUAACUUACUUUUGGUAUCUAUCGUCACAUAUUUUUUAUUUUAUUAUCUUGGUUAUUUUGCUAAAGCAACAAGCAGAUACUAAGACAGUUCUGAACAAUCUACUAUAAUUCGUCGUAUGAAAUCCUGUACUUACUCAUGAGUUAAAAAAAAAAAAAUUUGCAGAUUGCAUAAUACUUUCUAAUU